AUGACUACCCAAAAAAAUGUACAUAUCGGUAGUUUAGCGGUAAUGCAGAAAAAGCCAAACAAGGAUUACGCGCUGAGCAUACUGAAAGACAUAGCACAUCGGGUGUCAUACUUGAUGCGCGAGCACAAGUUCAAGGUUGAUCAACUUGUGGAGUUCUACCCAAAAAACAAACGGCUUCUGGGGAUGAACGUGAACCGUGGGGCCAAAAUCAUGCUUCGCUUGAGACAACCUUUCAAUGAAGAAGAGUUUUUGCCUCGUGAGGACAUUUUGGGUACCAUGUUGCACGAGCUUACUCACAACGUGUAUGGUCCACAUAAUGCACUUUUCUACAAGAAGUUGGAUGAGCUUACAGCUCGUACGUGGGUCAUCGAAAGUCAGGGCCUGUAUGACGGGUUCAUUGGACGCGGCCGCAAGCUUGGGGUGAAACCAGCGGGAAGGACCCCACCUCGGCGUUUAGGUACGUCCGGGGGCCACUCUGUUGGCUCAAUCAAGUCUGCGUCUGAGAUGGCUGCUCUCGCAGCUCAAAAGCGGGCAUUUGACGCACAGUGGUGUGCCAGUUCUUCCAGCACUGCGACGCCAAAACCUCAAGACCUACAAGUUAUAGAAAUUGAUAGCGACGGCGGGGAGUUUACCGGGCGUCCUAAGGUUAAACCCGAAAGAAAACCAGAGCCCAUAGAAGUCAUCGAUCUGACCUAA